CGCUCGACAAAGGUCAGUGGUACAUGGCCAGGGUAGUUGGGCUUGGGCCUGUUGAGGACAGAAAAGGACCUCGUCUGGAAGCGUAACGGCAUUGUCCGUUGUCCGAGGGAAGAGGUUGGAACUUGGAGGGUUGGAGAUUGGAAAGUCGAGGAAAGCGUGCGUCAUGUCGCGUUUGGAGCAGGCGCAGGCGCAGGCGCAGGAGCAGCUUCCAUGGUGGACCUUUCUCAAUCAUGCCACUCCAGCAAAGCACCUUCCUUCUCCGACCGUCGUUCAGCCGCCUCUCUCGGCGCACAUAUACAGCAGCCAGCGAACAGUAUGCGCGUGAGAGCGGUGUCCCGCGCCGCAUCCAUGUCUACGGCGUCGGCAGCGUGGGCAAGCUGAUUGCCCACUCGUUGCGCGGCGACAACAACAGCCCCCCGCCAGUCACUCUACUCUUCCACCGCCCGCGACUGUUGAACGAAUGGAACAGGAGCCGCCGGUCGAUCGUCCUGGAGACGGACGGCCACCGCGUCGCCCGCGACGGCUUCGACGUCGAGCUCGCCAUUCCACCUCAACGCAGUCACGGCGCCCGCAUAAACCAAGACGCCGACGACGUCGCUUAUGACCCAUCCAAUAGCGAUCCCAUCGACAGCCUGAUUGUCACAUCAAAGGCUCCUGUCACUCUUGCUGCUCUCGACGCCGUCAAGCAUCGCCUACGACCAGAGUCGACCGUGUGUCUGCUGCAAAAUGGAAUGGGCAUCAUAGACCAACUCAACCAGGAAAUUUUCCCGGACCCGGCAACGAGGCCAAACUAUAUCCAGGGUGUUGUCACCCACGGUCUGAAUAGCCCUGACCGUGACGACCCCUUCUUCGCUGUCCAUGCCGCCCACGGCACCAUAGCUCUGGCAGCCUUGCCGAGAGGUCAACUCAAAGAUAAUCCCCCGGCCGCUGUUCCCUUUGCAUCCACCUCACGCUAUUUGCUGCGCACUCUUACCGGUCUCCCGGUCCUCGCUGCCGUCGGUCUCCCUCCUAUCGAGUUUAUGCAGCAACAACUCGAGAAACUGGCCAUCAAUGCCGUCAUCAAUCCUCUGACCGUCAUGCUGGACGCACCUAACGGAUCUAUCCUCUACAACUUUGCCGUAACACGUACCAUGCGCUUAUUGCUGGCUGAGAUCUCUCUGGUCAUUCGCUCACUUCCUGAAUUGCGCGCGCUGCCAAACAUUCAAGAUCGCUUCUCACCGGAGCGUCUAGAGACCUUGGUCGUCAGCAUUGCGGACAAGACACGUUCGAAUAUCAGCAGCAUGCUCGCGGACGUCCGUUCUGGUAGAAAGACGGAAGUCCGCUUCAUCAAUGGAUACAUUGUGCGCAGGGGUGAAGAGAUGGGCAUGCGAUGUGUUUGCAAUUACAUGAUGAUGCAGCUGGUCGAGGGUAAGGUCAACAUGAUCCAACGCGAGAUGCUUGACCAAGUUCCUGUUGAUCGUGAUGAUGCCAACGCAUACCAUAUGUAGACGAUAUAAUACCAUACUUGUGUACAUUCUAUGUAUACUACUAGAGGUCAACCUUCUGUCAACCUUGCUUGAAGCAUCCAUAUGUAUACCCUGAAUCUCACGAUUGUUACGCA